CGCCAACUAACAACGGAGCGGGCAAAGCUCUAUAAUGUCUGUGACCAGCUGCUUCGGGACAUCGUGCCCGAACGAGAUAUCGAGCCGAUGCUGCAGGACCCAAUGGGGCCGCUGUGGCAGGCCAAGGAGUCUAGCCAAAAGCUCCGCCGCGUGCUUUGGAACUCAUAUGGCCCGUUCGAGACCACCGUGUUCGAAAUCAAGGAAGCGCUCGACAGCAUGAGAAAACGGCUCCAGAUUGACAUCAGCCCUGACGGACAGGCGAGUACAUCCUGCGUCUUCUGCCUCCUCUAUGAGCCCUUUCUACUUCGGCCUUGAACGUCAUGCUGAUAUCUUAUGUCCAGGUCGAAUGGGUCAACAAAGGGCGCAUGACACGCGAGUUCAAGAAGUUCCUAUUUCGCUUGAACAGGAAGGACUAUCAGGAGGCCCUCGCCACCAUCUCCAAAGGGAUCAGCGACCUGGAGGGGCUGACUCGGCUCAGCGUUAGCCUCGAGCCCGCCCGGCGGAGGCGGACUCGUGGCAGGGUUUUGAACAUCCUGCGAGACCUCUCCACAAGUAUCUACCGAGCUCUGCGCUCAAGCAUCCUCUGUAACGACUCGCAUGAUGUUGGUCUUGAGUUAAAUGCGCCACCCAUUGAGGCCGGCUACGACGACGAGGACGAAAAGGUCCGGCACAGCGUACAAUUUACAAUGGCCAUAUCGUCUGAGGUCCACGACGGGGCGGCGAGGAGGCAUGUCUGGGACGAGAUCAGCAUCAAACCGGCGGAACCGGCGGCCGAGAGCAUGAAACAACCUCUUGACGCGACGCCAGUGGUUUCCUGCUCCCCUGCCACGAAACCAAAGAGAGCGAAGAAGAUUUCGUUCGUGGUCGCACAGAAACUACUCUCUGUCGGCUCUGUCGAAUCACCAGCCCCAGGCGUGAAAGUGGCAAUGGCCAACCUCGCACAGCAUGCGACCAGGGUGGCCUUUAUCGACACGUCGGUCGAUGAUGCCAACCGCACGCCGGGGCCGCUGGUCGACCUCUGCGUGGCGUUGAAGAAUGCUCGCGGAGACGAACGGCCGGCCUGCUACGGCCACCUCAUCGACAAGGGCCAGCACACCGAGCGCUGCUUUCGGGUGUAUCCACGGGGCUCAGCAGCGGACAGCGACACCUGGUCCGUCGUCACGCUCCGCGACGUCCUGGAGCAAAGAGACGGCCUCCAGCCGCUGGCCUCCCUGAAAGAGAAGAUCCGCCUGGCCCAUAUCGUCGCCUCUAGCGUGCUCCAGCUCAGCAAGACCCCCUGGCUGCCCGAGGCGCCCACCAGCACACACGUGUACUUCUUCAAGCGCGGCCCGCGCCUCUCCUACGAGCACCCGUUCCUGCUGCGCAACUUCCCGGAGCGCGAGCGCGGCGGCGGGCCGUCAUCAUCAUCAAGUCAGGACCCCUCCCCCCGCGCCCCCAACACGGUCGUAUCACUGGACCGCAACCCGACGCUGUUCGCGCUCGGGAUCAUGCUGCUCGAGAUCGUGCUGGGGGCCUCACUGGACGCGCUGCGCGAGCCGCACGAGCGGGCGCUGGCGGUGCCCGGCGACACGCGCGGGCUCGUCCGCGACUCGGUCACGGCGCACCGGCUGCUGGAACAGCGCGUGGCGCUGAUCAGCCCAGCGUACAAGGUGGUGGUGGAGCGGUGCAUGGGCUGCGUGGCGUCGCGGGACCUGGACGAGGAGGAUUUCCGGCGGGAGGUGUACGGUCGCGUGGUGCUGGAGCUGGAGGCCAUUUUGGGGCAUACGAGUCUGGGUGACUGAAACUGGGGCAGUCCAAGAUGAUGAAGUUGUUUUCUGUUUUCUCGUCGAAGGGAGAGGCAUGAGUUACGGUUUCAUGACCCCCGUCUUUUGACCCUCCCGGUCUUGGCAUCAGCCUUGCAGCAAUAUGGAAUACGGAAUAAACACUUUGCUGUGUGCUCGAGGAGUCUCCACGAGGACACAGCAGCAAGAGAUUCGUCAAAGUCUGGCGACGUCAUCCUCGAGGUUGUCGGGACGCCGAGAUGCCGAGGCUACCCGACUGUCCUGUGCCUCACAACUCUUGUGUUCACUCGUGUGGUGUCCG